AUGGAGAACCCGCGGAAGAGAUCCGCGGUUGAAGGCUCAGAGAACGGUGCUGAACGGCUCUGUGUCGGGCCUCAGCAUUUAGAUCCAGGUACAGUGGAGACGCCUCCUCCAGACUCCUCUGCACAGCACUUCUGCCACUUCACGCCCAAAUGUUUCAUCACCGUCCACAAAGGACCUCAAGUCGCCUCAGCUCGAUCUACUCCGUCCCACUACGGGGAGGACGGAUGGCAUGAAGCCACCUCCAAGACCACAAUCAGAGUUGAAAAUGAGGUGGAGGCUCACAGGGAGGCCAACAACUACAAGUUUGGCUUCAGGAAAUGGAAGGGCAACGUAACUGAGAGGCCUAUAGAAGACAGAUCAGAUAUCGUCAAAGAGCUGUACUCUAACCUCAGUGUUGUGAAGCCUCAAGAAGGCUCAGUGAUCACCUUUGGAAAUGUAAUGUAUGUGGUUUUAUUUGGAUGGUGGAUAUCAUUAAUCUACGUCCUUGUUGGUUUGUUAAUGUUUGGAACGAUCUUCGGUUACCGUUACGGAAAAGUUUGUUGGAAGCUGGCAUUGUACUUCCUUUGGCCAUUUGGGAAGUUUAUAGAGAAGUGUCACAUCAGUACCUACAUUUGGUUCUUACUGGGUUACCCUGUCCUGGCGGUGGUCCACGGUCUUGCUUGUGUUCUCUCCUGGCUGCUGGUCUUCACCAUCCCAGUAGCAAAACUGAACGCUCACAUUCUGACCGCUGUCCUCCUCAUGGCACCCAAGGACAUCCAGAUUCAGAGACUGGACAAGGCACUCCGUGUUGAGAGGGGAGUAAUCUUGUGCUGUUACCGUGCUUUCAAUGUGUAUUACUACAAAUAUACCAUCCAAGGAAUCAACAUUUUUGCUCUCAACCUGCUUCCCCUGGUUGUAAUCACUUUGAUUAUUGGCUAUACUGACCAUGAGCACAAAUACUUCAGUGCAGAGACCACAUUUGCCACAGCCAUCAUGUCCAUCAUUCCCUUGUCCUACUAUAUUGGAAUGGGAAUAGCCAGCAUUUCUGCACAGAGUAACUUUGCAGUGGGAGCGGUGGUGAACGCUACCUUCGGCUCCAUCACAGAGAUGACCUUCUACAUCACAGCUCUGCUUCAGGGGCACCGAGCUGCCACCAAAUGUUACGAAGAGAUAGUCAAAGCUGCGCUGACUGGGACUUUGCUCGGAUGUAUACUGUUCAUACCCGGUAUCUGCAUGAUUAUUGGGGGCAUUAAACACAGCGAGCAGAGAUUCAACAGCCGUUCAGCUGGAGUGAGCUCAGCUUUACUUUUCAUAUCAAUUGGAGGUGUGUUUGCGCCUACUCUCUUCUCAAAGACCUUCGGUAAUCUGGUGUGUGAAAGCUGCUCGAAUAUUCCAGGCAAUGCCAGUGUACCCUUCAUCUGCAAGGACUGUCACUACGACACGAGUCAAACUGACCCACAGUUGAUUCUGUCCCAUACUGAGCCUCUAGUUUACACCAUUUCCGUCCUGCUGCCUGCCGCAUACCUGAUUGGCCUCAUCUUCACGCUGAAGACUCACUCCCACAUCUAUGACAUCCACAUCAGUGACGGCCACGGGGGCCAUGCACACGGUCACCAUGUUGUCCACUGGUCUCGGUGGAGGGCCCUCGCAGUGCUCAUUGUUGCCACAGUGCUGAUGGCCUGCUGUGCCGAUCUCAGCACUGAGAACAUCGAGCCCAUUCUGGCCCAUUUCUCCAUCUCACAGUACUUCAUUGGUGUCACAGUCUUGGCUAUGGUGCCAGAGCUUCCUGAAAUUGUCAAUGGAAUCCAGUUUGCGCUGCAAAACAAUAUCAGCCUGAGCCUUGAAGUGGGCAGCUGUAUUGCUGUGCAGGUCUGCAUGAUUCAGAUCCCACUGCUCAUUCUCUUCAAUGCAUUCUAUGACGUUGGAUUUGUUCUGGUAUUCAGCGAUAUUCAUCUUUGGGCCAGUAUCUUCAGUGUCAUUCUAGUCAACUACAUCUUCAUGGAUGGAAAAUGUGACUACUUUCAGGGAACGGCUCUAGUGGUGGUUUAUCUCAUCCUUCUGGCCCUUUACUUCUUCGCUCCUUCGCCACGCUCCUGUUAAUCUGCUCGCCAAAUAAAAUGCUGACACUCCAGAAGCUUAUGCCACUACAGAUUCCUUCAUCUUGGGGUGGUGUGGGUUCACAGGCAUGAAACUGCCAGCUCUGGUUGUAAUUUAAAGAAAAAACA